CCAUGUUUGGCCAGCUAUUCUCUUAUUUACCUCCAUCUUUGUUGGCGCGUUGGCAACUGCUCGUCGCGGUCACGGCUAUCUUCAACACGGUUCAAAACUUCAUGACCCUCAAGCUCACGCGUCAAAUUUACAACAACAUACCAGCUACCUCCGUCACCAGUCUUCAGGCAAGGACCUUCGCGGUUUGGACACUCACAUCAGCGGUUGUCCGUGCUUAUGCUGCCUAUCACAUCAAUGAGAAAAUAAUCUAUGACAUGGCCAUGUUCACAUAUCUCAUUGCGUUCGGGCACUUUUCCUCCGAAAUCCUCAUCUUUCGGACUGCCAGAGCCAAAGGAGGCGUUAUUAGCACCGUGAUUGUUUCCACAUCGUCUUUAAUAUGGAUGUUUUUGCAAUACGAUUAUUAUGUACGCUCGUGACACAUCUGGUACAAGUAUUCACCAGUCUGCUCUUCUUGAUGAAGAAAAAAUUCUCUUUAUGUUGGACCUACAUAAAGGAUUUUCUGUUUUUGAUGAUGUACCCUGCAUGUUACACUUACAGCUAAAUGCAAAAUCCUAGACACCUCCGC